AUGGCCGGCGGCAACGACGCCGGCAUGGGAGCCUGCGGUGCCGACGGCCUGGAGCUUAGCCUCCGCCUUGGAAGCCCGACGACGGCCCCCGCCCCGGCGCCGGCGCCGGCACGGAGGAACCUCACAAUUGUCUACGACCGGCGCGUGCUGUGCGCCGUCGACGUGGUCGAGCUACAGGCAAUGGCAAUCAUAUCCAUGGCGAACCAGGAAACGACGGGGAAGAUCACAGACAUGGACGACGCCGGCAUCGCGCAAGGGGCUUGCCGCGCCGCUCGCGCGCAGACGAGGGCAUCUCCGGAUCACGGCGGCAUCGCGGCGCCGACGCCGCUCGGCGAUCAGGGGGGGCUGUCGAUGAAGCGCUCGCUGCAGCGGUUCCUCGAGAAGCGCAAGACGAGGGCCAGCACCGCGUCGCCGUACGUCGUGCACCGGCCCGCCCGGCCGAACAGAUGAUCUGAUCGUCCCGCCGACAGGCAGGUGUCGCCGGCAAUGGCUAACCCUUGUCCCCAUUUCCUCGCGAAUCGCGUGCCCAGGUUGUAACACCGCAAUAUGCUACCAUUUGA